CAGCCAGGUGACAGCUGAGCCAGCAGGGAUACGCCACGGCUGUACUCUACGCAACAUAACAGACCACAUAACCACAUUUGAAAGCGUUAAAUCAAAGUAGACUACUCACAGUGCGAUACUUAAUCACUGCGUUUGUUUUCUGUUUUUACGGACACGUAAUUUAAAAGCCUCUCUUCCUCUCGCUGUUGCAGAGAAGCCAGCUAGCAGCGGUUAGCUUCAGACGUUACUACCAGAGGAGGCUCAAGUCCACGGUUGUUGUAUUUCUGUCCAGGUAAGGUCAGACAGCCACCGUCAGCAUGUCGGAGCCGGCCGGGGAGGCGAAGUUGGAGGUGAAGCAGGCGAGCAAAGAGGUGAAAGAGAGCGAAAACGUAGCGGAGAAGUACUCAGCCAUGACCGUGAGCAAGAAUAGCGAAAUGAACAUGGGAGAGCUGUCGUCCGUCUUCAGCGCUGUGCCCACUCACAAACCAGUUAAAAAGCAAAUUCAGUUUGUGGAGGACAAGCAGGAGUUCAGCAGGUUCCCCACCAAGACAGGCCGUCGCUCCUUGUCUCGCUCCAUCUCUCAGUCAUCCACAGACAGCUACAGCUCUGCUGCGUCCUACACGGAUAGCUCUGAUGAUGAGACUUCACCACGGGACAAAACACAGGUCAACUCCAAGGGCAGCAGUGACUUCUGUGUCAAGAACAUCAAACAGGCUGAAUUCGGCAGACGUGAGAUUGAGAUUGCAGAGCAAGAUAUGUCAGCGCUGAUCUCACUCAGGAAGAGGGCACAGAGUGAGAAACCGUUGGCAGGUGCCAAAAUUGUGGGCUGCACUCACAUCACUGCCCAGACUGCAGUGCUGAUAGAGACUCUGGUGGCUCUUGGGGCUCAGUGCCGCUGGACUGCCUGUAACAUUUACUCUACACAGAAUGAAGUGGCUGCUGCCUUGUCAGAGACAGGUGUGGCUGUGUUUGCCUGGAAGGGGGAAUCUGAGGAUGAUUUUUGGUGGUGUAUUGACCGCUGUGUCAACACUGAGGGCUGGCAGCCCAACAUGAUCCUUGAUGAUGGAGGAGACUUGACACAUUGGAUGUACAAGAAAUACCCUAAUGUAUUCAAGAAGAUCAGGGGCAUUGUAGAGGAGAGUGUCACUGGGGUUCACAGGUUGUAUCAGCUGUCCAAAGCUGGAAAACUGUGUGUGCCUGCGAUGAACGUCAACGACUCUGUGACAAAGCAGAAGUUUGACAACCUGUACUGCUGCAGAGAGUCAAUCCUGGACGGCUUGAAGAGAACCACAGAUGUCAUGUUCGGAGGCAAACAGGUGGUAGUAUGUGGGUACGGAGAGGUUGGAAAAGGUUGUUGUGCUGCUCUGAAAGCUCUGGGAGCCAUCGUCUAUGUUACGGAGAUUGAUCCCAUCUGUGCCCUGCAGGCCUGCAUGGAUGGAUUCAGGGUGGUCAAGCUGAAUGAGGUCAUACGCCAGGUCGACGUCAUCAUCACGUGCACUGGGAACAAGAAUGUGGUGACCAGAGACCAGCUGGACCGAAUGAAAAAUGGCUCCAUUGUCUGCAACAUGGGGCACUCCAAUACUGAGAUUGAUGUGGCAAGCCUUCGGACCCCUGAGCUGACCUGGGAGAGAGUGCGCUCUCAGGUGGACCAUGUCAUCUGGCCUGAUGGCAAGAGAGUUAUACUUCUAGCUGAGGGACGUCUCCUCAACCUCAGCUGCUCCACUGUCCCUACCUUUGUCUUGUCCAUCACAGCCACCACUCAGGCUCUCGCCCUUAUCGAGUUGUACAAUGCUCCUGAGGGACGAUACAAGCAGGAUGUUUACUUGCUUCCCAAGAAGAUGGAUGAAUAUGUUGCAAGUCUCCAUCUGGCUACUUUUGACGCCCACCUGACAGAGCUUACAGAUGAGCAGGCAAAAUACCUGGGCCUCAACAAGAACGGUCCUUUUAAACCCAACUACUACAGGUAUUAAUCUGCAAGAGAACCACCACCAGCACACCUGAAUAUGGAGGGUACCUGAUAUUACCUAACCCUAAGACAAACAAAAGAUUUAUGUAUAUUGUAUUUUAUACUCUCCACAGGAUGCACAGCUUAUAUUUAGUUGUAUUUUACUGACCACAGCAAAUUUUUUGCUUUACUAGCUGCUUCCUAUGAUGGAUAUGGCACCCAUUUGGCUAUGAAAGGUCUGUGUAACUACAGCACUUACAUUUGCUGUUUAUUUUGGUAGAUCUGUUUCCAUACCUGCUGGUUCCUGGAUUAUAUAAAUUUCUGAUAGAUAUUGAAUUAUGUAUCAAUAUAUUGUGCCAAAUGACUGUGAGAGGGAAGGGUUAUACUUAUAAAAUGUUAAUAAUUAGUUGUGAAAUCAGUUCAACAUUAAGUUACAAACACUGUAUUAUAUUCCUCCAUGUUAUGCUAAAGGGUCACUUGCAAAACUCACAAAGCUUUUUAGCCACUUUUAGCUCGUUUGUCAACAUUUGGCUGUCAGAAACUGUUGGCAGCCAUUUCCAGAAAUACGCUUAGACAAGCCUUGUCGAGCACAAAACAACAAAGAGCAGAUGUUAAACUCUGGCUCCUGAAGAAUGUCAAAUGUUUUAUUCUUUUCCUGAGUUGUUGGACCAAGUCAGAGCUAAAAGGCCAGUGAAUAUUGGGUUUAAAUUUGUCAGGUGGACAGGAAUUUGACUAUUUAGAUGCCGCUGUGUUGUGUGCUGGGUGUUGAAGAACACAAUUGUUUGCUUACAAAUGAGCCAUAACAACUUGAUAAGCUGAUUGUAAAUCAGUGCUGUGUAUCUGUGAGUUUAUUUUGCAGUCUUUCUAUGCCAGAGUGGUUAAAAAAAAAUCGCUCAAUGCAGCUUUAAAGUUUUCGUUCUGUUUGAUGUGACAGCACUCGCCUGAUACAUUCCAUUCACAUGAUACAAAAGAAACGUCCUGACCUCUGUAGUACCAUCACCAUUACUGCUAAGAUUCAGCCUAUAUGGACAAAUAGGAACUUUAGUACUUUUUGACUAUAGCAAAAAGAUAAAGAGAGCUUGGCAUUUAUUUUCUUGAGAAGAUGUGUCCUUUUUUUGAGGUUUUGGUGUCUGGUAAGAAUAGUAUCUUCACCUCAGGGCAUUCAGAUAUCUCAAAUUACCUGUAAAUAUAUUUUUACCACAUCUGCGCUGUCUGACCUUAGGAUCCAUGUCUAAUCUCACUGUCAUUCUCAUAAAAUUACUAUUUACAGUACAGGUGUAAAAUGAAUUUAGAUAUUUUGAUACUCUGUUGAGUUUACCUGGCUAGAGUAAAUUGAUUAUUGCAGCUAUGUAUUCUGUGUAUUCUGUCUAAUGAAUGUUUAGCAGUGUUACAUACAUAAUGUUUACACUGUACAUGCGACAGUGUGUGAUGAGCCAGUCAUAAUAAUGGUAUUUGUCAAACAUUGAGUUUGCACAGGACUCUGAUCUUGUGUUAACUAAGAGAUGUCUGUUUUUCUACUGAACAUUUUAACAACAGAAAAGUAAACUAAAAUCCUCAAAUGCUCUGGGCCUAGACAUGGAUAAGCUUUGUUGUCAACACAUUUGCCUACUAGAUAUAAUGUAUGUGUUAACUUUACCUCUGUGUCAUCUUGCUCUGUUGCACCACUAUUAUAACUAUUCUAAUAACAGAAUGUUUAGUUUUGUUUCCUGAAAUGUGUCAUCAUUUAAAAGGCUUAAGCACUGUUUAGUGAGGCUUGUUAAAUGCACAAACUCUAUAUAGUAUAUCACAUUUACUUCAUACUAUAUUCACAUGUAAGAUUUUUAAAUUAGUGGCCACAUUCAGAAACUUAGGUGAGUGGUUUUUUUGUUUUUAAAUUUAAAUUAUAUAGUGUGCAGGUAGUUGUCCUUGCUUAACUUGAACCUCUUCAACAUAAUUCAACAUGCUGUAUUUUAUGCUGGUGGCCUCUGGGCCAAUUUUACUCCACAGUACAGUAUUACUAUCUUUGUUAAGGGUUCAGCACCUUGUUAAGGCGUUGCUCCAUGUUCACUGUCUGUUAUCUUCAUUAUCCUUCAAAAGACUUAAACUUCGUCCACAGUUACAGGUAAUUCCUGUAUUUAAUUUGUGUAGUAAUUUUAUUUUUCCUCUUUGAGUUGAUUUUUUUCAAUUCCUGCCAUUUAUUGAAUAUUAGCCUGUGUGCUAUUAUGAAGUGCUGUCAUAUUUGCACUAGCAGCUUUAAGGGAAUUAGAGCCAAGUACAUUCAGUGAGGACAUCAUUGUCAGCAAGAUGAGCGCUGUAACCAUGGUUACUGGUCAGUUGACAGUGCCUUGUGACUCACUCAGUAAUUUAUAUUCACAUGUACAACUGUGUUUUUCCCCAAAUAUGGUAAUGCCCAACAUGGUGUUGUUCUGCAAUAUACAGUCAUAGCUAUGCAGCAAAAAAAUACUCAGUUCAGUCAAAAGUAUUUUACUUCUGCAAUGGAGAGUUAUUAAACAAGUGUUUCACAUUACUCAAAUAUGCAUAACUGUAAGAUCACUAACAGUUUUAGACAUGAGUAGGCAACAUUUCACAUUAAGAUGUUCUCAUGUACUUUUUGAACUGAUUUUAAUAUUUUUCAUCCCAGUUUUAUUUCUUUCAACAGUCAUACAUUGCAAUUACUUGCAGUGGUCCUUUUGUAAUAGCACAUGCCUUUUAUAUAUUCCUUUUGCUUUAACCAAUAAUAGCGGUCACUUUACUCUAGUUUUAACUCUAUUACAGAGACAAAUGAAUGUGUUAUUUCUCGAGCAGUCAAACUGAGGUGAAAAGCAUACCACUGUGAUUGGACAGUUGUUCACUGUUGCUGGUUUGAAGUUUUUCAAUUGUGGAGAAUGAUACAUGAGCUAUAAAGUAGGCCUAUAUUUUCAACAUUGUUUCUGUAGUUUGAAGAACACAGUUUCAGUAGUAUACACCCUGUUAAAUUUCUGUGCACAAUUCCCUUUAAUAAACUGCUGUUUAGAUUUGAAAA